CCUCUCUCUCGUUGCUAGGGUUGUUUCCAUAGGUCGAAACUAGGAUUUCAAGGCGUCCUCCUCCUAGCUUCCAAGAUUUAGGGUUCCUAUCCUCUACCUAUUUCUUCCCAACCAAUCGAAAUGGCGACGGCGACGGCGAACCCCUUCGAUCUCCUCGGCGACUACGACCACGACGACCCCUCCACCCUCAUCGCUGCGCAGCAGAAGAAGGCGGAGAAGGCGGCGGCAGCGGCGCCUCCUCGGGCCAAGAAGGCUCUCGCCCCCGCCCAGCCUUCCACCAACUCGCAGGCUAAGCUGCCCUCAAAACCCCUCCCCCCAGCUGAAGCAGUGAAGGAGGCGAGAAGAGGACGGGGAGGUAGCCGGGCCGGUGGCGGCCGUGGAUCUGGCCGUGGACGCGGCGGAUUCAACGAUCGGGAUAACUACAGGAGCGAUGAGAACGGGGUGCUUGAGAAUGGGUUGCGGAGGCGGUUUGUGUCGUCAGAGGAUGGAGAGGUGGAGAAGCCUUCGGGUGGCGGGCCUCGUAAUACUUAUCGCGGUGCCCGAGGGGGCCGUCCCGGAGGUUAUCUUGAUGGUGAACCAGAGGAGGGCGAACGGCCUGCCAGGAGGCAGUUCGAUCGUCACAGUGGUACUGGACGUGGUAGUGGGAUCAAGCGCGAGGGCUCUGGCCGUGGGAACUGGGGGACUCUGACCGACCAAGAACAAGUAAAAAAACCAGAGGAGUUCAUAAAUCGAGGUAAUAUGCAUGCAAAAUUUGAAGAGAAUCCUGUAGGAGAGGAGGAUGGUGUUGCGGUUGACAAGGAGAAUGCACCGGCAGAGAUUGAAGAGAAAGAACCUGAAGAUAAGGAGAUGACUCUGGAUGAGUAUGAGAAGUUACUAGAAGAAAAGAGAAAAGCACUUCAAGCACUACAAAGAACAGAGGAAAGGAAGGUGGAUGUCGACAAGGAGUUUGAAUUCAUGCAGCAACUCUCUGCUAAGAAAAACGAUGAUGAUGUCUUCAUAAAACUGGGUUCAGAACGGGAUUCAGCCAGGAGGAGAGAUACUGCCGACAGGGAAGAUUUGACUCGAAGGCCUGCGAUCAUCAAUACCUUUCUGAGACCUGCGGAAGAAGAAAGGCAGCAUAAUCCCGGAGGUCGAGGUCGUGGACGUGGUGGUCGAGAUGGUGGAAUUGGAUCUGGCAGAACUGGCGCAAUGAACACUACACCUCCUUCCAUUGAAGACCCUGGGCAUUUUCCAACAUUGGGUGGCAGUUGAGCGGAAUUACGUCCUCCCCCUGUUACUCCCUUUACACGAUCCUUAAAUUUUAAGGAUUUGGUGGGUACAGGAGCCGCAGGUAAUUAGAAAGCAAGUCUUUUGACUCCUUUGCUGGACGUCUAUAAAAUGGACCGUGCUGCUUAUUCUUAGAUCCCGUAAUGGAUUCGUCGUUUCUUUGACUUUGCCAAUGGGCAUCAGGGGAAUAGAUGGUGCUUUGCUUGUUUAAUUAUCCGACAGAUGCAUUAAUGCUGUUGUAUGAAUUUUCCAGUGGGGGUCCUUCCCCCAGUAUCCUUUUGUUUUUGGGUGGAAAGAUUUGUUAAAUCCGUGGCAUUCUUCGUCAUGAGUGAAACAUGGAAGAUCAGAUGCUGU